AUGGCUUCACUAGUGUCUCAUCGAUAUUUGGUUAGUGCAGACGAGGCAGAGAUAGACCUGGAAGUCGAUCAACGUUCUCAAGACAAUCCAAAUCCAGACGAACAAGCGAAUAACAUAAUAACACGUAAAGAAAGCAUCUCAUCUAGCGAUCGACAAGUCACCGGGAAAAAGAAUAAUGACGACUAUGAAGACAUCGCAGACAUUGGGGAUGAGGACCACCACCAAAGCUACCAAAUAGAGCGACCCACGUACACGGAAAGACAAUUCCAUAACGAAUACAAAGAGAAUGAUUUCGAGUAUGUGCCAUACGCCCAGAGACUUAAGAAAAAGAUUCACAAGUGUCAUUGCGGUCCUCGUUGUUGCAAAGAUGUUAUAGUCUCAACUCUGCCGAUACUUGGAUGGCUACCUGAGUAUGUAAUUAAAACACAACUUAUACGCGAUAUUGUAUCCGGUAUAACAGUCUGCGUGAUGAACAUACCACAGGGUAUGGCAUAUGCAUUGUUAGCUUCGUUACCACCAGUGUAUGGUCUGUAUCUGAGUUUCUUUGCUCCCAUUGUGUAUGCAUUCACAGGAACUAGUAAAGAUUUGGCAAUGGGUACAUAUGCCAUUGGUAGUAUGAUGGUUGGUGCAGCUAUAGAGGACGUAGUACCUCAUUAUCCUGCCGAUGAACCCCCUACUGAUUAUAUGAAUUACAAUAACACGAAUACAACAGCAAUGCCGACGUGGGACAGAGAACAAGAAUUGAUUGACGCUGCUGUCAUAUUGGCACUUAUAGUGGGCAUUAUACAGCUAAUUAUGGCGGUUCUACACCUUGGCUGGAUUACAAUAUAUUUAUCUGUGCCUUUCAUGAACGGAUAUAUAUCAGCAACUGCUUGCCGUUUAUUUACUAUCCAAUUAAUUAAUAUGCUGGGAGUGACUGUGGGUAGUUACAGCGGUGCAUUCGAUUUAUUUUAUACAUGGGGAGACAUAUUUGAAAAUGUCGAUGAGUGGAACUAUGUGACUAUUCUACUAUCGAUUUCUUGUAUUCUAACAAUAAUUGCCAUUAAAGAGAUUGAGAUCCGAUAUAAGAAACAACUGCAUGGAUAUCCCCUCGGCUCAGAGUUAAUUGUGGUGAUACUAGGAACGAUAGCGAGUUACUUAUUAGAUCUAGAAGAGAAUUAUGGUGUUGCCGUCGUUGGAGAAAUACCAGCUGGAUUACCUACACCGAGUGUUCCUUCAACUACGUACCUCACAGACCUGAUUGGUCCUGCUUUCCCAAUUGUCAUUAUAUCAUAUGCUAUUGCAAUGGUAGUAGUGACAUUAUUCGCUCAGAAAAAAGGAUACAAGACAGAUGGUAACCAGGAACUGGUAGCUUAUGGAACAACUAAUGUAGUAGUUUCAUUUUUUUCCGGAUUUCCGGCUAGUGGUGCUUUCGACCGUACAUUAGUCCAAGAUGCUGCAGGUGGUUCAUCACAGAUUGCUGGACUGGUAAAUAGUGCUGUGAUGCUGGUAGUACUACUGUGGAUUGGACCAUUUUUUGAGGCUCUUCCAUCGGCUGUACUUGCGUCGAUUAUAAUGAUCACUAUUGCCGAUGCAUUCCGCAACAUUCCCCGUGACGCCAAACUAUACUACAAUGAUAUAUUAGACUUUCACGUUUGGUGGGUGACUGGUAUGGCUGUUAUCUGCUUCGAUAUUGAUUUAGGACUUCUCAUCGGUGUUGGGUUUUCCAUAUUCAUUCAUGUAUGGAGAACACAGGAACCGUAUUGUACACUAUUGGGUAGAAUACCCGAUACUGAACUCUACAAAGAUAUCAAGUGGUAUUCUGAUGCCAAUGAAUGUCCUGGGGUCAAGAUAUUCUGCAUGCAUUCGUCACUGUAUUUUGCAAAUACAGCACAUUUCAAGGCAAGAGUCUACAAAUUGACUAAAAUCAAUCCAAUGCAAAUAUUGCGACAAAAAGCCAGACAGGAACAAUUAGAAUUAUUGGAACGGAAGAAGAAACUAAAAGAAAUAAAGAAAGACGAUAGUGUAGACGUCAUUGUGCCUCAAGAAUCAGAACAAGAAAUGUCACAGACGCGAAGACGAGGACACUCUACCAAACCAUAUUCCACUGACAAUAACAAAAGCAGUGAUAACUUGAUAGUUGAUGAAGACGACAGAGAGAUGGGCAGUCCACAUGGAACAUACAUCCCUGAGCUAGAAGACGAUGACAGUUACGCUGGUGAAGAUGGAUUAAGUACAGAUCUCUCUCCAGGAAACAAGAUUCACACAAUUAUAAUCGACUUUUCUCCCCUCAACUUCAUUGAUAUUACGGGACUAACUGGAUUACAGCAACUUUUCAGGGAAUAUCGUUUAAUUGGGAUCAAGAUUUUGCUUGCACACUGUAAAAAACGUGUUCGCGAUUUUCUUUCUAAUGUCCAUUUUUAUGAAAAAGUUGGAAUUGAGGAAACGGCUUGUUUGUUUGUAACCGUCCAUGACGCUGUCCUCAGUACAGCUGCACCAGAUAAGGUCAACAAUUAG